UUGGCGGAAUAGGGGACUCUGAUGCUCUGGGUUCCAGGAGCGCAGGCAGGAAAGAUGAACCACCCGUCUGCCACGUCUCUUUGGGCGAGACGGCCCGGGGCAGCAGGAGUGUUUUGAGAUGGAAUCUCUCGCAGCCUGCCCGCGAGCGGCGGAAACAGUAAAAAGAUCCCAGGACCUUCUGGAGGUCCCUGCCCGCGGCCCCCUUCUGGGAUAGGAUUUUUUUUUUUUUUUAACCCGCCGGACUUGAUUUUCUUCCGCGAGGACCAGAUCUCCUACGAUCCAGGUCGCGGCUGGAAGAGUUCAGGUUUGGGCAUCAGAUGUGUUUGACAGCCCUAUCCAGUGUGGCUUUGUGCAAGUUACACAACCGACCACCGCCACUUGUUACCCCACCCUAGUUUCCUAUUCUGUAAAAUGGAGCUUUAGUGCCUCCUUGUAGGGUUCUUGCGAAAAUUAAAUGUGAACUGCCCAGUACAGAAGCCAUCGGAUAUUAAUUGUCUUCCUCCUGGAGGGGCGAAGGCCUGCUUCCUUCUGCUUUCAGAACCCAAAUCUUUAGUAAAAUAUUUCCACUCUAUUUAUGCAGUGGAUUUUGUUUGUAGAAACUAAUCUGAAUGUCAAACAUUAAAAGAACAAGGUUCUAAGUGAGAAACAAAAAUUAUAACAUUCUAGGCAGAAUAAGUGAGGGUAGAACAACCUGGAAAUUGUAUGAGUCCAAAGUAAGGACUCUAAUUUUAAAAUUUAUGAUACAAUCACUUGAUCCCCAGAAAAGGUCUCAACGUUAAAACCAAGUCCUAGCUGUCAUGUUUUGGGCAGCUUUAUCUGGAUAUGCUUGUUUCCCUGGGACUUAAUUCAGCUCUUCCUACUGAAAUAGUUCAACCAUUACAUCACGGGAUAAAUGUGAAAAAAAAGGGACUUCCUCAGUUGCUCUGGCUGGCCUUGAACUUGCUAUCCUCCUGCAUCAGCCUCCCAAGUCACUAGGAUUAUAGCCCCAUGGCUGGAAGUUACGGAGUGAUGGGUGAUGAUGGUUCUAUUGAUUACACUGUUCAUGAAGCCUGGAAUGAAGCCACCAAUGUUUACUUGAUAGUGAUCCUUGUUAGCUUUGGUCUUUUCAUGUAUGCCAAGAGGAAUAAAAGGAAAAUUAUGAGGAUAUUCAGCGUGCCACCUACUGAAGAAACGUCAGAGCCCAACUUUUAUGACACAAUGAGCAAAAUUCGCUUAAGACAACAGCUGGAAAUGUAUUCCAUUUCAAGGAAGUAUGAUCACCAGCAGCCACAAAACCAAACUGACAGUGUGCAGCUCUCAUUGGAAUGAGACCUCAGAAAACAAGCAACAGAACUAAGUGAUGGGAAUUGCACACACCCCACUGGCAGAAACAACAGCAAGUUGAGCUUUGAAGUUUCUUCCCUGCUUCAACAGCUGGGCUGGGAAAGGGUGGAAGCCCUGCAGCCACACUUCAAAGUAACACCAGCUGAUUGCCCGCUUCUGCCCUGCAUCUACGGAGGAUCCCAUGGAACUAUUUUUUUUGGAAGAAAAAUGGGUUGACUAACAAACUAGUAAUGAACAUUUAUGCUCUCCUUUUUCUUGUUUCUUCUUCUUUUUCUAAUACAUUGGAUAUUUAGCAGUAAGCAUUGGUCAGGCUCUAUUGGUGCACAGCUUGAGUGUGUUAAAUAACUGGAUGUUUAGUUGAUGCCAGCCAGCUGCACUAAGGGAAGAAAUUAGCUUCCAAAGGGCACAGAUGUUUGCUAUUGGCCUCACACUGUGUUGUUAGGUUGAGUUAUUUAUAUGAUUCACCAGAAAAUCAAAUGCAGGAUUUAUGGUAAAAUUGUAAUGUCCAAAAUAUUUUUUAAGUAUUCAAUAGAAAUGAGAUAAAGUAGUAGUAAUAAAAAUGAGUUUCAGAUAUUAAAAUGACAUAAGAAUAAAUUUAACCUGGAAAAUAUAAUUAAGGAGUGGAAGAGACAAAAGAAUAUUGUAUGGAACCAACUAAUUCAUUCAACCAGUAGUUAAAGGGUUUAUAGACAGGGUGUUGGUAAUAUACUAUUCCUAUUGUAUAUUCUAUUUCAAUAGCAGAAGUAGAAUGCAAAUAUAUGCCAGAAAUCUAUAUGGAAAGAAGGUGGGCAUUUGGCUUACCUCCAUCCUAUAUGCAAAAUAGGAUCAUAAAAUAGGGACUUAUGCUUAGUUUUCAUUUAUUUUCCACUUAACUCCCUAAUAAAGCCGGAGUCAAACUUAGACAAAACUGUAAAGCAGGAAACAUUUCCCAGCCCUUCCCAUUUGUCCCUUUUCAUCCUUGUAUAAACCUAUGUGGGAAAGAUAGAUCUUGUACGAGAAUUUAGGAGUGGUGAAGGAAUUAAGCUGAGAACUAAGAUUGUGUAGAACUCUACAGACUCCUGUAGCAGAUGUGGAAACUUUCCUUGAUUUCCUAACCCCAAUGAAAAGAGUGGUGUUUAGCAUUGGAUUCUGUUAUAACACUUACCCUACAUUUACUUCAAUAAUAGUAAUAGUUUUUGAAAAACUAUGUAUGUAAUGAUGGUGGAAUGUGAUGAUCAUUAUUAUCCAAAGUACAUGUAUGAAAACACAAAUUGGUAUGAAUAUACUAUGUAUACAACCAGAGAUAGGAAAAAUUGUGCUGUAUGUGUAGUAAGAACUGUAUGCAUUCUUCUAUCAUAUAUAAAUUAAAAAAAAACUAUGUAGGUUAGAAAUAUUCCACCUUCUAUGCUUCUAUGUAGGAAGAUGAGAUAAGAGAGGCCACACACUGGCUAGGCUUAUAGGUCCAGCCCCAAUUUUUAUAUUGAAAGAGCACUUUAUUGUUCACCUUUUAGGUUUGAGAUACAUAUGUAUAUACAAACAUAUUUACUUAUGUCUUUGCACUGGAGAUUUGGUGCUGGAGAUUGAUUGCUGGGUCUUGUGCAUACUAACUAGGAGCUCUAUCACUGAGCCACAUCCUCAGUCCUAUGAAAAUACAUUUUGACAAAUUUCAGACUAGCUGAAGAAAGUUGGGGAUUUUAAACUGCAACUAGUUUAAUGUUGUUAAACUUUACUUUCAGAAUAAGAAAUCUGAAUUUCUUGAAAAAAUACUCUAUAUAAACGUAUUUAUGAGAGAACAAGUAAGUGGAUGUUUUGUUAUUUUUGUUGUUUUUUGGCUGGAAAGAGGGGUUACAUAUAUCUCUUAGUAACACUUUUAUUUUGAGGUUUAGAAAUCAGGGCUAGGGGAUGCAGCUCAGUGGAAGAGCACUUUCCUGGCAUGAACAAGGCCGUUGUUUCAAUUCCCAGUGCUACAAAAAUAAAUUAGUUAAAAUCCCCCCCCCAAAAAAAAAUCAGGCCCAUUCAUAGGUGACUACAAUUUAAUAUAAUUCUUAUAUCUGAAAGGAUUUCUACCACCUGAUGUUAACAUGUUAUCUAGCCCAAAAUAAAUGCUUAGUAAAUA